AUGGAGCAGCAACAUGACUCGGAAUCCCUGCAAUGGGCGUCCAUGGUUUUAGACCUACCAAACGUGUAUACACCGGAGCUAGCCAUGGUCUUUAACAGCAAGUGCGAUGUCGUUUUACUUAGUCCACAGUUGGAAAAUGUGCUGCUGUCCUCAGACAUCCUACAACAUCCCCACUUUCAAGACGUCUUCCGCAUUUUUCGUUAUUGCUCUUGUAGGCUCACAUUCCACAACUCGGCAUUCAUGGCUGACUCCAUUCCAGCAAUUGACUUCCCCGUUGUGGUUUAUCGCGCUCACUUUUCCAAAUAUCAUAUAGUGUUUGCUGAGAUGUACGAAAAAUCUACCUAUCUCGUUAUAUUCGGACUUCGCUUCGGAUACGCUAUGCCCAAACCACAACUGAUUGUGUCAUUAAACUAA